AUGUCAAAACAGCAACAAUACGACCUCUUCCUCCCACAAGCCCUCCCCUCAGCCUCGCUCGGCCACAAGCGGCUCGUACCCACCCAAGGACGGCCAGACCUCACGACCGAGGAUGCAAGCACCAAGGCCGAGCUGGACCGCGUGUACGAUGCGUGGAACACGCGGAUCGACAAGGAGGUCAAGGCCGUCGCGGGCGGGCUGAAGGAGUUGGUCGAGCUUGCAGACAUCGGCACCAACCCCGCGCCAAACACACACACCCUCACGACCCUCCACCUCAAGCUCAAGACAUCGACGCUCAUCCGCGCCGCCCAGACGCUGCGCGACACGGCGCACGAGCUGCGCCUGGCCCUCGCGCUCGGCGACGACAUUGCCACCGCGUCGCGCCGCGACGCCGAGGCCGCCCGCUUAAAAGUCGAGACGGAGGCGCUGCGGCGCGAGGUGACGCGCGAGUUUGGGCUGCUGGUUAGUCGUGCGCCGGUCGGUGCGGCUGCGGCGGGCGGCGCAGCUGUCGCGGAUGGCGGCGCUGGAGAUGGAGAUGGGGCUAAGGCGGGCCUGGCUGGCGACGCGGAGGAGACUGGAACGGCGGGAGCCGGGGCCGCUGACGCCGUUGCUGCUCCUGCUGCUCCGGCUCCGGCUCCUGUCACGGACACGCACGAAGACAAGAUGGACGUUGACGACGAGGACGAGGAUGAGUUUGAGGAGGUGUAG